AUGCACGCGCAGUCACACACACGCACACACAACACGGCCUACAACCUCUUUAUGACCGACUACAACGAAGCGGGUGCCGACACGUCGGUGGUGGACGACAACGUGCCUCCAGGCAUCACGACAAAGCAGGAUGAGAUCAUCCAGUAUGUGGCCAAGUACGUGGUCGCCUCGUGUGACGGGGCGCGGUAUCAAGAUAAGGUUCGCACGCGCACAAGGCACAAUCCGUACUUCGAUUUCCUCAACGCGAAGCACCCGUACCACCAGUACUACCAGUACCUCCUUGAGUCCUACCGGCACUGGAUGCGCAAUAGCGAGGCAGUCGGGGCCGGGACGUGGGGUGGCGGCGCCGAGAGUAUGCAGGGGCAGGGGCAGGGGCAGGGUCAGCAGCAGCAGCAGUGGGGCGAGGAAGACUACUACCAGUACUACGGCACCUACCCUGGACAGGCGAGUGGUAUUGAAUUUCAAGGCAACGAUACUGCUCAGCUUGGCGAGGGGAGCGGCUAUGGGGACGCGUCUAGUUCUGCGUAUGCGCAGUACGUCGCCAACGGCGUCGAUCCCACCGCGUAUGCGUCGGAGACAGUCACUGCGUCCGCCUAUGGCGUUGGCUACGACCCCUCGGCGGCGGGCCCAGAGUCGGUUCAGGCGGCAACCACUGCCGGCGGCGGCGAAGCUCAGGCCGAGGACGACGACGAUGAUGACGAGUACGAGCUGGUCAUGGAAAAUGGCCAGUGGGUUUCGCGCAAGCGGGUAUAA